GAGCACUUUCUCAGUCCUCCACUCUUUUGAGCCAGUGAUCUUCUCUCCUUGGAUCUUGUAUACUCAAGAAAGGAGAAAAUACAGAUUGUCAGAAUCCUUCAAAUUUGAUACUCAGCACUGUUAGAUCUCUUCAUUACUGGAUGCUGAGUCUGGAUAUCAGAACUGGUACAGUGAAGUACUCUCCUAUUAAGCUGAGGGACCAACUUAAAAUCAACAAAGUAACAACGGGCCUAACGCAAUCAGGAAAUCUAGGUCUCUUAAAGUGAAAAGCAAACAACUGUCCUUCUUCUGCCCUUUCCCGAAAUCUAAAUGUGAUGGCCGUGCUGCUCUUCCCUGUGCAGCUGCUGGCAGUGGCUGUCACCAUUUACCUAGAGCUGGUGAGGUCUGCUCAAGGCGGCGUCUACUAUGGGAUCAAGCAGCUGCCACACCAGGUGCCCCAGUACCAACCCCUUGGACAACAAGUACCUCACAUGCCACUGGGCAAAGAAGGCAUCGCGAUGCAGCACAUGGGCAAGGAGGUGCCCCAUAUGCAGUAUGGGAAAGAGUACCCCCAUCUGCCUCAGUACAUGAAGGAGGUCCCGCAGAUGCCUCUGCUCGGCAAGGACAUGGCUCCCAAGAAAGAGAAAGUAGAAAUACCCAUACGCAGUCUGAGGGGCGAGCAAGGUCCCCCCGGUGAGCCUGGACCAAGAGGGCCACCGGGGCCACCAGGAUUACCGGGUCACGGUGUGCCAGGAGCCAAAGGAAAACCAGGCCCGCAAGGGUAUCCAGGAAUUGGGAAGCCAGGUUUGCCGGGGAUGCCGGGGAAACCGGGGGCCAUGGGGCCCCCAGGGCCGAGAGGGGAGAUGGGGCCAAAGGGGGAGGUCGGGCCCAUGGGGAUACCCGGGCCACAAGGACCGCCAGGGCCCCACGGGCUUCCCGGCAUAGGGAAGGCGGGUGCUCCGGGGCUGCAGGGACAGCCGGGGCCGAAGGGCGAGCCCGGGAUGAAGGGGCCCCCGGGAGCCCCUGGGAUCCCAGGACCAAAAGGGGAGAAGGGCAUCGGGAUCCCGGGUUUGCCGGGGCUGAAAGGUCCACCCGGGCUGCCUGGCCCCCCCGGCCCCGUGGGGCUGCCGGGGGUCGGUAAGCCGGGCAUGGUCGGCUUCCCCGGCCCGCAGGGCCCCCUGGGCAAACCCGGACCCCCAGGAGAGCUGGGGCUGCAGGGGCCCCCAGGGGUCCCCGGGAUCCAAGGCCCUCCCGGCCUGCCUGGCGUUGGCAAACCUGGCCAGGAUGGCAUCCCCGGCCAGCCGGCGCUCACCACCCCCCCCGCGCCGCCGGCCGUGGGACAGUACCUGCCCGAGGUGGGGCCGGGGAUAGACGGCGUCAAGCCCCCCUACGGCUACAUGGGCAAGAAGGGCAAGGCUGGCGGCGCCGUCUACGAGAUGCCCGCGUUCACGGCGGAGCUCCUCACCCCCUUCCCCCGGGUCGGGGUGCCCGUGAAGUUCGACAAGCUCCUCUACAACGGCCGGCAGAACUACAACCCCCAGACGGGGAUCUUCACCUGCGAGAUCCCCGGCGUCUACUACUUCGCCUACCACGUCCACUGUAAAGGGGCCAGCGUCUGGGUGGCGUUGUUCAAGAACAACGAGCCGCUGAUGUACACCUACGACGAGUACAAGAAGGGCUUCCUGGACCAGGCUUCGGGCAGCGCCGUUGUCCAGCUGAUGCACGGAGACAAGGUUUACGUUCAAAUGCCAUCCGAGCAGGCGGCAGGACUCUAUGCCGGGCAGUACGUUCAUUCGUCUUUUUCAGGAUAUUUAUUGUAUCCCAUGUAAAACAAAAACCAGACACACGCACAUACACACAAAAUCAAAACCUUUCUUCUCUGCUUCAAACUUUUAUACCAUGAAAGAUGCAUUUUAUGACUGUUUCGGACCAUCUUGUAUUAAAAAAAAAAAUACAAAGUUCAACAUUAUGCACAGCUAGUUAU